GCUCGCUCUGGCCGCUGGCCCUCAGUCUGGACAAGAAGGAAAAGUUCCAUCACCAGUUCAGUUCCAACGAGCAGCAGUCAGAAAAUUGUGUGUGAAUCUGCGUCAGCAAAGCGAAAAAAUUUCGGCCCUGCUCGGUUUGGGCCCCUCAAAAUCGAUUUUGAAAAGUUCGCGAAACCCGUGAAAACACGGAUUGCGGUCCGGAGAGGUGCUUUGUUGUGAUUUCGGAGCCUGUGUGGACGCGGGGAGUGGAUUUUCGAUUUUCCUGUUUUUUUUUUCUUCUCUCGCGUUCCGCGACGGGUGGUGAAGAAGGAUGUGGUCCUUCUUCUCCCGGGACUCGGCCAAGGACUUUCCGUACGAGAUUGGCGAGCCCGUGGCGCAGUUCGAUUCGCGUAGCAUCUGGUCGCUGCACCGGGGCAAGCGGAAAGGGUCGGCGGCGGCCGGAGUGGACGCCGAGGUGUCCGUGUUUGUUUACGACAUCCGGAACGGGACCGACGUGAAGCUGGAGCUGGCCAAGGCGGCGGUCAAGCGGCUGAAAACACUGCGCCAUCCGAGCAUCCUCCAGUUUCUGGACAGCCUCGAAACGGACAAGGUGCUGUACGUGGCCACGGAACAGGUGGAACCGCUGGGGGCACACUCGCUCGGUGCCGAGGGCCACCAGCGGGAGCUGUACCUGGCCUGGGGCAUCUUCCAGAUCACGCGCGCCCUGUCCUUCCUCAACAACGAUGGCAACCUGCGCCACAACAACGUCUCCGUUUGGUCCGUGUUCGUCAACGCCAGCGGCGAGUGGAAGCUCGGCAGCCUGGAGUACGUGUCCUCGACGGAUGCGUCCGGAGCGGCGCCACCGAUCAAAAUUCCCCCGGCGUUGGAGAUUUACGACCCGCCCGAGAAGAACGACCAGGCCAAGCUAAAGUCGGUGACCAAGUGCUCGACCGACAUGUGGGGGCUGGGCUGUCUGGUUUGGGAGUCGUUCAACGGGCCGCUGCGUGCCCGAGGAAACCUGAAGGAUCUGGCUGGGGUUCCCAAGUCGUUGGCUCCGCUGUACUGCGAGCUGGUCGGGGCCUCGCCGGCCAAUCGUCCCAAUCCGGCCGAUGUGAUUACCAAGUGCCGCAAGCCGGGUGGAUUCUUCAAGAAUGACCUCGUGGAUACGUUGCUGUUUCUGGAGGAGAUCCAGAUCAAGGACAAGGCCGAGAAGAAUCGAUUUUUCAGCGCGCUGACGCCCCAGUUGGACAACUUUCCGGAUAAUGUGUGCAAGAACAAAAUUCUUCCCCAACUCAUCACGGCCUACGAGUACGGAGACGCGGGCUCUGCGGUGCUAGCUCCAAUGUUCAAGCUCGGUCGAUUACUGGACGAGGUCGAGUACCAGAAGCGAAUAGUUCCGUGCGUCGUGAAGCUGUUCGCAUCGACCGAUCGCGUAACGCGAUCGCGACUCCUACAGCAGCUGGAACUGUUCAUCGGGCACCUCCAGACGGGCGUCGUCAACGAUCAGAUCUUUCCGCAGAUAGCCCACGGCUUUCUGGACACCAAUCCAACGAUUCGGGAACAAACUGUUAAGUCAAUCAUUCACCUAGCGCCAAAGCUAAACUACAACAACUUGAACGUUGAGGUUCUGCGACACUUUGCACGGUUACAAUCACGGGACGACCAGGGUGGAAUCCGCACCAAUACGACCGUCUGUUUGGGGAAGAUCGCACCACACUUGCAUCCGCAGGUUCGACAACGGGUCCUCGUUUCGGCGUUCAUCCGAGCCAUGCGAGAUCCGUUCCCGCCGGCACGGGUCGCUGGCAUUCUGGCACUGGCCGCCACCCAGCAGUACUUCCUGCUGGCGGAGGUCGCGAACCGCAUCCUGCCGGCGCUCUGUCCACUGACCGCAGACCCCGAGAAGACGGUACGCGAUCCGGCCUUCAAAACGAUACGGGGCUUCCUCGGCAAGCUGGAGAAGGUCAGCGAGGAUCCGAGCCUGCGCGAGAGCAUGGAGGCCGACGUUCACACGGCGACUCCGUCGCUGGGCAAUGCGGCGGCCACGUGGGCCGGCUGGGCCGUGACGGCCGUCACCGCCAAGUUCUACCGCAGCCAGAGCGAUACGGCGCGGCCACGGCCACCCCUAACUGGUAAAAAUUUGAGUAAACCUGCUUCGCUGGAACAACCCUCGAGCAGCAGCAUCUCGACGACAACGAGCAGCGUCACGUCGAUGACGUCGCUGGAGCACGAGAGCGCGGACACGUCGGCGUCUGCGAGCGACUACGGACCGGACAACUGGGACCACGAGAACUGGGGCGAUAUGGACACAUCACAGGACCCGAGCAGUCCAAUGGCCGGCACGUCGAACCCGCUUACCACAAGUCUCAACAUCGUCAGCACGGCGAAUGACACGCGAGACGGUUGGGACAACGAGGACUGGGGUAGUUUGGAGGAAGAUCCGAACGAAGCGCUCGACGAAAAGGAAGAGGAUGAACUGGUUCGCAACCAGCAGCAUCAGCGUCAGUCCUCGUCCGGCGUGCCAUCGUCGACGACCACGAGUGCGUCCACGUCCUCCGGUGCCACGGUUGUGCCCUACCUGCCCAGUUCCAACAACAAUGCCAACAACAAUCUCCCGAAUCACCACCACAACAACAGCACGUCGUCGUCGCCGGCGCCGCCACCGGUGGUGACGUCCACGACGCCCAUGGGGGUGCCGCACAGUAGUCCCAGCAAAAUGCUAGCGCUGAAGAACAUGACCAACAUCAUGAUCAACAACUCCAACUCGAACUGGAGCAACGCGGGCGGGGACGGCUGGGCCGAUGGCGAUUUUGAACCGAUCGACGAGCCGAGCACAGGAAACUCCAAGCUGGACGAGGCCCGGCGGAAGCGUGAAGAGAAGAAACAGCAAAGGCAGCGCGAACUUGAGGCUCGGAGGGCGGCCCGAAGUGCGGGUGGACCGGGUGGGGCCGGAGCGGGUGGCCCCGGAAGUAGUGGUCCGAUGAAGCUGGGCGCCAAAAAAAUCCAGCUCGAUUGAGUAAGCGAAACCGGCGACGACGACGACGACGACGACGAUGGACAUGGAGCAGAACGGAACUAGGCGGAAGAUGUUGUUGUUGUUUGAUUGUAAGUGAACUUUGUUUGGAAAAAGAGGAAAUCCCGGAACGGAAAUGGGUACGUAUCGGAACCGUUUGUCAUUGUCUGCGUGUGAAUGUGUGUUUGUCCCUGUCUGUCGUAAGUUGGGGAAGGAAGGAGAAUGACGUCGGAUCGUCGCCAGCGUAAUUUUAUUUUUUGGAUUUAAAAUUGGAAUGUUACUUAAAGAAACAUUCCGACUAAGUCAAAAAUACGAGGAAAAAAAAGCGGAAGGAACUCGGAACUUGAGCGUGCGGAAAAGGAAAUUGAAAAACAGGGUUUGUGAAGAGUAAGAUUUUUUCGCUCCUUUCGCAAGGGCAUUUGUCAUCAUCUUGUAUUAGCUUUAACUAAUGAAUUAUACGAAUUUAGAGACUUUUUCCUAAUUAAAAAAAAAAAAAACAAAUUACUCGUAAAAUACAAGUAAAACAUCAAAAAACCGCGCAGAUUUGAAACCAAACUCCGCCAUUCGUACCUACACAAGUAUAUUUCUCCGUGUUUCCCCUUGGAAAAGCAGCUGGGUGAAAAAGCUCGGUCGAUUUAAACAAAAGUCUGUAGAUAGGCAUGAAUUACCAAAAGAAAAGAGAAGAGUAAACAAAAAAAACACAACAUAGAUAGUGAGAAAUUUAUUGAAACUAACUGCACCUUAAUAGAAUUUAAAAGUCAAACCCGCACACACAAAAAAAAAAAGAAAUGCCCGCAUGCUCCCAGUGUAAAACCAAUCGAAACCGAAAAAUCAAAUAGUUGUUUAAUAUGUCUCUCCCGCUCUCACUCUCUAGCGAUCAAGUCAAUCCAGAUGAAAAGCAACCUUUUCCCAUCGCUUCCGCCAACCGAUUUUUUCCACUUAGGGGCGAAAUUUUCGCCUAAUUUAGAAAACAAAAAGUUACGUGACGAGUGCACCCUGGCGAAGGUUCCAAUGUAGGCCGAAACGUUGGAUUAGCGGAUUUUUUGUUUGUGUUGUUGCUUUUAACGUUCCUGCGGUUAUUUUGAAAUGUUUCAGAAUGCUUUAGCCAAUAUUGACGUAACCAAAUGUCACUUUCUACAUAUAGGUUUUACACCGUGACGUCAUUUGAGCUCGUGUGCACUGUUUACAUGAUCUUCGUCGAUUGUCGACGAAUUUUUCCGAACAAAAUCGACGACCGCAUCGAUCUGUGCUAAGUCCAUGUAAACAGUGCACUUCUUCUAACCUCCAAAUCGAGUCGGCGUAAAACCUAAAUGCCAAACUCGUACAAAGUUUAUCGCCGGAUCUCUUCCGAAAUAGAUCCUUCAGCAAGAUUGUACUGGUUUGACGUUUGCUGAGUGUAUGCCGAAUAGUUAAUUUGGCAGUUUUAGAGUGGUUGUCAAUUAAUGUCAAUUGAACUGUCAUUUGAUAGAUUGCCACAUUCACUGAUUCAUUGUCACUAAGUGAUUUGUUGACAUAUUUGGAACCCUCCACAAACGUCAAACCAAACCAAUUUGUUUCCGGAAUAAAUCCAAAAAAGAUCCGGCAGCAACUUUGUACUGGUUUAACGUUUGCUGGGGGUGCUGAAAAAUUUGAUUAGGGAGUGUUUUUUUAUUACGUAACGCAGUUUUUUAAGAUUUUGAGAGGGAGAGAAGGUCAUAUUUUUUUUUGCGUUACGCUAUAAAAGAACGCUCCUUUAUGUCACUGUUUGCGAAAAAUAAUAAACCCUAGAAUUUUGUUGCGAUUAAACGUACUCAAAAAUGAGUUGUUAUUAUAGAGUAAGAUCGGAUUACUUCAAAAUUGCCUUCUGAAUCAAGGUUUGUAGAUUAGUAAGGUAAGGCGGGUUUUCAAGCUGUCAAAAUAGUUAGUUAGCUCGAAACCCGGGUUUUAUAAGGAGAAUUUCAGAAAAGUGAAAAUUAGGCUAUUUUUCGGGCAAGUUUCACCAGUUUUUUUUUUUCUGUGGGAUUGUUAAGCAUGCCAAACUUAACCGAAAUAUGCUUUUAAAACACAAAUAUUUUUUCAAAAAAAUAAAUUCAACCAAACACGUUUUUCGGUUCAGUUUGGCAUGCUUAAUAACCACACAGAAAAAAUCCGGUGAAAUUUGUCCGGAAAAUGGUCACAAUUUUACUUUUCUGAAAUUCUCCAUAUAAAAUCCGGGUUUCGUGUUAACUAUUUUGACAGCUGGAAAUUCUCGCCUUACCUUAUCUAAUCUACAUACAUGCUCCUGAUUCAGUUUUAUGUCAUUAGUAAAAUUAAGGUAAACUUCACUUAAGUUUAGCUAAAUUUCACUCUACUUUUUUGAGUUGUUAUUACUCAAACCUGACAUUUUAUUUGAAACCGAGUUGGAUUUAGAAAUGCAGCAUUGAAAUUGCAGCUAAAAUAAAAUGUUUCAUGAGUUCGCAACCCGCACUCAAAAUUAGACUUUUGGCUCUUUACUCAUUAUUGAGUAAGGUCAGAUUUCAUCAAAAUUACGCUUUCUACGGCUAAAGCCAAAUGUCAGAUUAAGUUUAAAUUAUAAAUUAUAUAUAUCUGGGGAACAUUCUCCCCUAUUUAUGUUGAGUAAUUAUCACUCAAUUCUGACAUUUCACUUGUCACUCAUUCCGGAGUAGGUUUUCGUUUGAAACGUUUCAAAAUAAACUGUUUUCAAGACUUUGCUAGAUCGCGCACAAUCUCCGUCUCCAGUACACAAUACAGUUGAUGUAUUUUCUCCCGAAUUUGUCAAAGCUCCCACCUUAUGAAGAAGAAAACAAGUCUAAACCGAAAGUAAAUUCACAUUGCAAAGAGAAGAAAUCAUACAUUAUUUAGCGUCAGAGAGAGCAUUUGCAGCCGAAUUUGCUCCAGCUGUUGUGCGUGCGCCAAUAGUAACAAAAAAAAAUACAUCUUAUUUAGCUGAAGCGUUCGACCUACGGAUGUAACUAAACUAAAGUAAACAAAAAUAGCACAGAUGGUAGAAGAAGAUAAAAAAAAACAUUGCCUUUUUAUAUUAAAAAACAGUAAAAGUAAUUAAAGAAAGUAAAAUCAAGUAAAUUUGAAGUGGUAAUCGAAUCGAUAGAGAACUCUUUUUUGUAAUAUUUGGAUAUUUGUAACGACUAAGAGAAACAUAGCAGAACAGGCAAAUGAAGAAAGUCUCUAAAAGCAACACAGAAAAAAAGUAUAAUUAAACAAAUACAAGUAGUGUGAAUGACCAAAAAACCAAAGCUCUUGGCGAAAGAGACAAGCGACAGUCGAGUGAGGUGGAAUUAGACCAAAAUACACACACCCACAGAGAGCAAAACAAAAAACUUAUGAAACUUAUGAACGCGUCGAAAUUUCGUAUUUUUGUGUGUCAAAAGGUCGAUCGAUCCCACUGUCAGUUUGUCGAAGACGAUCAUUUUUGGUGGGGGAGGGCGGAAAUUCCGCGAGUUUCGCGGUUCCGAGGGCGGUUCUGGCCUAAUUUGCAAAAUUCCACAACGUUGGACGAAAUUUAACGUAAGAAAGAGGCGCGAAACGGGCGGAAUUUCGAAAUCGGUGUUUAUCAGUCGUGUAAGAAGAAACAAGCAAAAGCAAACAAGUUUAACUCAAAGUUACCAGCGUGGAAAACAAAUCUACUCUUGGUCUCUGUCGCGUCUGUAUUUAAGGGGUGGAUGCAAUGAGAUAGUCUUUCAGUUUUUUCGUACUUUCCGUUUCCGAAGCUUUUGAAGAUUAGAAAAAAAUAGAGGAACGACCAUAUUGAGAUGAGCGAGCGAGCGAACGAUGGUGAAGCAGGAGAAGUAGAAAGAGAUGAUAAUUUUUAAUGUAUAAUAAAUGUAAAAUCCGAAAAUAUCGAAUUGAGAAAAGAAAAA